AAAAUAAACAUUAAGACAUACUAGAAAAUGAUAUUAUAUUUGUUAUUUGAAAACAGAAAUAUGCUCAUUUUGCAGUGUCUCUGGGGUGUGAUGUGCUUUUUUUUAAACUUUAUUAUUCUUUUAAAUAGGGGUAGCUAUAUAUGAAUUACAAAUGGGACACAGGCUAACAGGCUAUCCACCGAGCACCUCUGGUCUCUGUCAGGACUUCUCAGCUGUCAUUCAGCCUGUUAGAGUUUGUGAUGGAGCAGGCCUGAUCCAGCAGCCUAUAACAGACCUGCAUGUGUCCACCUACAGCUCGGUGCUCUCACACUGCGGCGGGCUGACAAUGACUUGAAUGCUGAUUAUUGUGAAGAUCGACAAAGGACACAAGGAAAGGAGGAGAUGAACCGUUUCCUGAGAGCUGGGGAGAAUGGGGGGCUGCUGACGGACUGCAGGGAGCUGUCACCCAACCACACCGCCUCCUCCUCCACCGCCUCCUCCAUCUCCAUCACCUCCUCCUCCUCCUCCUCCUGCAGCGCCGCUGGCUCAGCCGACAGACACGCGGCCCUGCCCUCGCUCCAGACCCGGGGACCUGUCGGCGGUGGCAGCGGCGGCGGGUCGGAGCCGAGGAGAUCCGCGUUUAAACGCAGCCGAGCCGGCCGGGAGGGGAGAGAGGAACCGGGGGCGGCGGAUCACUCAGCGGCUGCCGUCGCGGUGCGCGGCGGCGGCGAGUUGUGCGUCGGAGUCGGUAAGCAGCAGCAGCAGCGUCGGGAGGCUCAAGGACGCAGCGUCGGUGGAGAAGGUCUGGAGAUGAUUUCAGCGGUGUGCAGAGACGCGGACGGCGGCGGCGGCGGCGGGAGCGGCAACAACAGCAACGGCGUCUCCGAAGUGACCACGGCCUCCCCUGCGACGUGCGCCAAAGGCAAGGAGGAGAGGAAGGGGAAAAACGUGAUCCGGGGCUGGAAGAGGGAGAGGGACAGGGACUCCGCCGCUCCUCCAGUCCGGACGAGGAAGGAGAAGCCCGGCGAUGGCUCGUCUCCUCCUCCCUCCGUCUUCCUCCCGUCGCCCGCCCUGCUGCCCGAGCAUCAUCCGUGCCGCGACGGCCCCGGACACUGCCACUGCGCCGCGCCGGACUCCAGGAUCACGGGAGAUAACGGCAACACUAACAACGUAAACAAUAACAAUAACUGCGGGAGUAACGGCGGCGGCGCCGCCAAUAAAACCGCGCUGGAUUGUGGAGUUAAAAGCGGCGGCGGCGGCGCUAUUGUUGUCAGGCGGCAGCAUGACGACACGCCGGCGGCCAAGAAACACAGAGGAGCCGAGAAGGUGGACCCCAUGUUCAUGGUGCCAGCUCCCCCUGCUCCAGGCCACCCCGGGGCCCCCGGAUCCUCUCUGCCUUUGGCCCCCUCCUUCUCCCCUCCGGCCCUGCCCACCUCUAACCCCAAGCAGCUGGCGGUGAGAACGAGGUCUAUAGGCACCAACACCCAGGAUGGAGCCAUCUCAGGGGCACUGGAGGGCGACUCGGCCUGUCUGGGGCCCUGCCAGCCCGGCACCAGCGUCAACCUGGAGGGCAUCGUCUGGCACGAGACUGAGGAAGGUGUGCUGGUGGUGAAUGUGACGUGGAGGAAGAGAACCUACGUGGGAACUUUGUUAGACUGCACCAAACACGACUGGGCUCCUCCAAGGUUUUGUGAGUCUCCCUCCAGUGACCCUGAGUUGCCAGGUGGGCGUGGCCGGGGGAAACGGAUGCGAAUGGCCAUGGCCGAGCGGCCCUGCGUUGAGCCGGCCCCUGCUGCCAAAGUCAGGGGUCUAUCACAGCACAGGAGCCGUGGAGGUGGUGUGGCUGGAACCACUGCACCCAUCCACAGCAAGGGACGGAGAGGGAGCCUGAACCUCAUCAACAGCAACUGCCGAACGCCUCCUUUCUUCACUGUGGAGGAGGUGAAACCUGCCAACAGCACCUCCUCUCUCUCCUCUGGGAAACGAAAGAACAAACCGCCAGCUGACCUGGACCUCAGCCUGGUCUCCACUGACGACAUUAAAAACGGGAACGGGAAGAGGAUCCGAGCCAAAUCCCGCAGCGCCCCAUCCACACCGCAGGGCAAAUCCGAUCCCUCGUUCAUGGACCCUGGAGGAGGUUGUGCCUCCUCGCCACCUCCCCCACCCAUCCUCAUCGACUGUCCCCACCCCAACUGCACUAAACGCUACAAGCACAUUAACGGCCUGCGCUACCACCAGACGCAUGCACACCUGGAGGCUGAGGAGCAGAGGAAGCCUGAGCUGGAGCCCAUGAAGGAUGGGGAGAGUGAAGAACGAUUAUCAGACAGUGAGGACACCAUUAGCAACAUGACAUAUGACCUCUCUGAGACAAACAACAGCACUAAUGCCAACAGCUCCUCUAAGAAACCUGCUCCUCUGUAUAAGGUGACCACGGUGGGGUCUCCUAAGAAUAGACGGCUACUCCUCAGUACUGACCACAGCCCCACAGCCAACUCCAAGACCAGAAAAACCUCACUGCUGAAAGAUGGGCUGAUUGAUGACCUUAGCAAUCUGCCCAUCAUCUCCAACAUGACCGUGGUUCUGGAGAACUGCAUGGUGCCAGACAGGAACUCCACGGUAGAGAUGCCCAAGCUGGAAGCCGAAGGUUUGAUCGACAAAAAGGGAGGUGCACUAGACAAAGGCAAGAAGGCCAACGGGAAGGUAGAGAAGCUGUCCAAGUCACGGACCAACCGGCCGAUCGCUCCGGCUCCUGCUCCUCCCAAGUUGAUCGCCAUACCCAACACAGCAUAUCCGACCGGCACAGCAGAUACUGCCACUUCACAGCAGCCCUCACCCAUGGCAGCCGUAGGCCUCACCAGUAAAAACCUUCCCCUGAAACCCAUCAAACCAAAGCUGAGCAUCGUUGUGGAACCGAGCCUUGUCAAAACCACCCUGGUUACCUGCAACAAAGAGACCAGGAAGAAAGAGAAACGGAGGCUGAAGGACAAACAUAACAAAGAUGCACCAACCAGAACGCCUAAUGGCGACAGCAGCAUAAUCAAAAUGGAAGAUGGUGGUGGUGGUUCUAAAAUGGGUAUCAAGGAAAUUUCUGGAAGCCUUCUGAAGGAGCACCUCAGUAAGCAGGAUGUAAUGAACGGGCUCACGGAGAGCCAGGAGAGCAGGAUGGCCAGUAUCCGAGCGGAGGCUGACAAGGUUUACACUUUUACCGACAACGCCCCCAGUCCCUCCAUUGGUGGUUCAUCGCGGCUUGACUCCAGUGGUAGUUGCUUGGGAACAGCAGACAGCAAGAACAACAGCCCCGCCUACUCGGACAUCUCAGAUGCUGGGGACGAUGGGGGAUCUUCCGAAUGUCGCUCGGAUGGAAUCAGAUCCAAGUCUGGCUCCUCGGCCUCUUCAGAUGUGAGCUCUAACAGUAACCAUGGUAACUCUGGUAAAACCCCGCCCACAGCAUCGGCCCCAUCAUCAAAAGACCCCCAAUCCCCAUACUACCACAGCUACGAGCCCUACUACCUGCAGGGGUACAUGCAGUCAGACAGGCAAAACAGCAGCAGCGCUGCUUUCCACAAAAGCUCUGCCCUAGACGGCAAAGGGAAAGACAGAAAGGAAGAAAUGAAAGAGGAUGACAAAAACUCAUCACAUGAGUUCUCAGACUCAAAGAAAGGCGACGGGCCACCUCAGUCUCAGCUCCAGCUGGCUAUGAGUCAGACCCAGACCGCCUUGGCCCAGUCGCUGUACUACGGCCAGUACUCCAGAGGACUGUACAUGGACCAGAAACUGUUACUGGCCUCCAAAUGCUGUGACCAGACACACAGUGCCAAGCAGAGGGGUGAGAGGGGACAGGGGGUGAGAGACAGUGAGGACGAUAAACAUAUGAGUGGGGGUUCAGCCGGUGGACCCAUGCUAGGUAAAGGCCCAGAUGGUGCUAAGGGUUGCUGUCCCAAACCCGUCCUGUCCUACGUGGAGAUGAGUGAGAGGGGAGAAAGGGGACAGAGUCUGUGCGUAAAGGCUGUGCACGGUGGCAUGGUGGACCAGCACCAGGUCUCGAUGAAAGACUGUGAUGACAUCAAGUCACCCUCCUCUUCCUCUUCUUCAUCACUCCACAACCCAAACAGUCAGACAGAUCUGGACUCAAAUGUUUCCUAUUCCAGUCCCUCAGACGGCCCGGCCUGGGCUCACUGCCUGGCUCACAGCAAAUACUCAGAGCUGCAUGGGGAGGAGGCCGAGGAGGGUGAGGCAGACAGGGGAAAAGAAUGGGGAGUUACCGUGGAGCCUGCCGGGGCCAAGAUGACCUCAGGAGGAGGAGGUGGAGGAGACAGGGGAGGAGGUGUGAGCGGAGAUGCUAAAAAAGCCAGGGUCCAUGGAUCCCACGAUCUCCCGGCCACUAUCGACACAGAGGAUUCAGACAGGCUGGAGGGGCUGGAUGAUCAAUGCCAGGAGCCAAUGGGAGGGCUGUCUGAGGAGUCCCAGAGUGCCCGGGCAGCGGUGUCUCCUCCCAUGACCCCCCAGCAGCCCUACAUCCAGUACCAACACUCCUCCUACCCGCCCUACCUGGCAAUGUGUGAGAGCAGCGGGGGCUCCUACAGAGGGGUGUCCCCAACCCUGGUCCACAAUUACCCAGGUUUCCACUACCCUCUGUACGGUAAGACAGCGGGCAGGGAGGAGUCGGAGGUGACUCCACCCAGCAGAGGAGGAGUGGUGAGCAGCAAGCAGAGCAGCGACCCGUCCUCGUCCUCAGCCAUGGAGCUGCUGCAGCAGCAGAGCCAUCAGUACCACGGAAAAUCACCUGCUCCCGGCGAGAAGGGUUCCCCCGAGGGAGAGAGAGAGACGGAGCGAGAGAGGAACCACGUGUCGUUCGCCCGACACCUCCACACACACCAUCACACACACCUGGGUAUGAGCUACAAUCUGAUGUCAGGACAGUACGACAUCUACCAAGGGUUGAGCUCCAGGUCGCUGGUCUCCAGUCAGCAGGUGUCAGGACACUCCUCUACUGUUGGAACUGGAUUGAUUUGUCAGGAAUGCAGCGUUAAGGUGUGUUCAGACUGAACACUGAAGAUGUGGGUGAUUCUUCAGAGACAGUGAAGGGAAGAAGUAAGGACCAUGUGACCACGUCUCACAUGAGGAGUGGCAGAUUUAUCAGACAUCAAUUCCAUGGUGUUGAAUAAGCUUCGCCUCGCUGAGAGGCAGAGAACAAAAAUUAUAAAACCUCCUUUCAUUUCUUACUAAUGACAACCACCUGUUUUAUAACACGACAUCGAGGAGCAGACGGGACGACAGAGGGACAGAAAGCAGGAUCGGGACCUUUUUGAAGGAGGAACUAUCUGUACAAAUCCAGAUCACUGACUUUUGAAGCUUUCAGUUUUGCAGGAUUUUGACAGAAGCAGGCAGCGCGUAUAAAACUCAACAUCCCAGAGCGCCAUGCACUUAGCCCAGCCGCAGCGGUGGUGUUUAACUUUAUAAAAUGCACAUUUAUCGUUAUAAUGAUGAUGAUAUGACUGAAUGUACUGAUGAUGACUUACAUGCUCCUAAUAGUGUUGAUCGUUUUUUUAAACUCCUAUUGGGAAACAGCAUUAGGAAGCUCCUUAUUAUUCUUAUAUUAUGAUUAUUGAAGUGGUCCUCCUCCCUCCAUAGUGCUGACGCUACAUUUGUAUUACUAACCUGUACUUGAGCGUAACCAUGUUGAUUGUAUUGUCUUUAUGUGAGAGUAAACCUUCACAUCGACCUGCCCAGUGCCAUGUAGGAACCCAGUGGUGUAUAUAUUCUGUACAGAUUCAUGGCAGAGCACUAACAUGCUUUAUCGUACUCUAUGUUGAUCUCCAUCAGCCAUGCAGUGGAGCAGCGGGCAGAGCGGGAAACAGCAACAGAAGCAGAACCCCCAUUUCUUUAUUAGCUGACUUCAGUUCAUCUGCAGCAGUUUGUCCUUUAGGCACAUGUUCCAGUGACGUAAUUUAUUUUGGACAUAUGAUGUUGCUGCACGUAUCCCAUGUGGUUAGAGCUAAGGGUAAGUGUGUCAUUUAGUGAAUGUUAGCCCCAGUUUGUGCCUCUUGUGUAAGCAGCAUUUUUAGAUUGGCGGCUUUUGGAGACUGUCCUCGCGAAAAACAAACAAUCCAAUGCGAUCGAUGUUCAGUUGUAACCGACAAGCGACCUCUAGUGGCUGUGUGAUUCAUGACUCUUGUCUAUCAGGAGCAAAGGUGGAAGUAGCGUGAUGUUGAUAUAGAGCCUCAAAACUUCAGAGACAGUGUUGGGAUGGACAAACAAAGCAUGCUUACUGACACAGGAGACUGCUACAGUUAACGUUGGUACAGCAGUUGGCAAAACGAUCUCACCAUAGGGUCCAUUCAGUAGCUGAUCUAGAGCUUUCAAUCAUCAGAAUCAGAAAUACUUUAUUGAUCCCCGAGGGGAAACUCUUUUGCUACAGCAGCUUGCCUUUACGUCAGUGCACACAGGAAUAGAAGUACUAACCAAAAAUAUAAUACACUAUAAUACAG